UUGCCCGUUUACCUUACGGAAUUGUUUUUUGUCCAUUUUGGUGGAAAUUAUUAUUUCGGAUACACGAUACCGCGAUGUGACAUACGAAGCGUACGAUACAAGACUGAAUUGUUUGAUGAAUCCACAAGAAAACAAAAGCGACCAUGUUCCAGAACCGAACUUCCGUCAUCCAAUCCCCUUCGAUCUCCCGCCAUCCCGUUGGUUUUCCGCUCAGACGAAACCCCGGACAUUACGUGCUAUAUCCAGCCCCACUGCACCCGUGGGUACUCAACAACGUUGCUAGCUACCAACAUCAGCCGCAUUCAUCCGUGGUCAGGUAUUUCCAGUCGCUUACCGACGAUGCUCCGUGCAGCAGUAGCGCAGCAGGGCAUCCCGAGCCGGACUACGCAAGAGACGUCGAGGUGCUCGUCGUCCAUCGUAAAGCGUCCUACAAGGACUUCGUACGUUCCAAGGACAAAACGUACCGUAAACUGUUAGAUAUGUUCGAUUGGGAUGCCAUGAAGCUACCCGUGCAAGGGCAGUCUUCGGAAACGGUCCACAGCAUUGAAGAGUCUGAAUCAGGCGAAGAGACGGACAGUGCCGAUGAGAGUGAGCCUCAUCAGCAUCAAGUGGUACAUUACCCAAGAAUUGAGCUUAUACGGAAAUAUUUUAGAUAUGAUGAACCCGUUCUUCGCUUUAGGAUGUACAUACCAACGGAUUUCAAUGGCAGUAUCGCUGGGAGCUACGUGCCCUCUGGCGAACGUGUUUGGGAUAAAGUUCCAGACUACUAGGAAAAAGGAUAGAAUUUAAACUUUGGGCCAUCUGUUCAAACCACUUGACAUUGCAAUACUAUUUUUUGACUAAAAUACCUUAAUAUAUUUAGGUAUAGAGUAACAUUAAGUAUCUUUAGCUGGAACAAUAAAUAAUUACACAUGCUAUGUAUUAAGACAAAA